AUGAGUGUUGCGCGCAGGUUCGCUACCAUACCGGGGCCCAGGCCGCUUCCUAUUCUUGGGAACUCAUGGCGUUUUGCUAUAGGACAGAAGCCAUGGCGUACAAGGUCUUUGGACGCGACCUUGUGGAAUUUAAGAGCAUUAGCCGGUAUGGGUGGAGCGGCAAAAGUCGCCAAACUUUUCGGUCACCCUGACUUAAUUUUCCCCUUUUGUGCUGAUGAAACAGCCAAGAUUUAUAGACGUGAGGAUGCUAUGCCACAUAGGGCGGUUGCACCCUGCUUGAGACAUUACAAGCAGGAAUUAAGAAAAGACUUUUUCGGAGAUGAACCCGGUUUGAUUGGAGUUCAUGGCCCUGCGUGGUCUACGUUCAGGUCUAAGGUUUCGAAGGCCCUUGCGGCACCUCAAGCGGCACAAGUCGCUGUACCAUCGCUCGACGAUGUAUCAAAUGAUUUUGUACACAGAAUGGAGAGUAUUUUGGAUCGUAACAGAGAGCUGCCGUGUGAUUUUUUAACUGAGCUUUAUAAAUGGGCACUUGAAUGUAAGUGUGUAGCGAGUCUCCGCCGACAGUUACACAGAUAUGACGUUAAUGGAAUUACAAAUGAGGAAGAUUUAAUCUUGUAUUCCGUUUCAGCUGUCGGAGCAUGGGCUUUGGGAACGAGACUUGGCUGUUUGAAAGAUAAUGAUACCGAUGCCAUGGAAAUUAUAAGGAAUAUCCAUGGUUUUUUUCAUAGUGUACCAGAAUUGGAAUUGUCAGCUCCAAUAUGGAGGCUAUACAGAACCGAAGCUUAUAGGACGUAUGUUGAAGCUUUAGACUCCUUUAGGAAUCUCUGCUUGAAGAGAUUGACGGAUAAAGGGGUUUGUUCACAAAUUGCCGCGAAUUGUGGUGAAAAGGUCGCCACUAUUUUAGCGUUAGAUUUACUACUGGUUGGUGUAGAUACUACAGCGGCGGCCGCUGCAAGCACUAUGUACUUAUUAGCGACUAAUCCUAGGACUCAGAGAAGAUUACAAACUGAACUAGACAUAAACAUGCCUACCGAUAGAUCAAUGAAUCACAAGGAUUUAAAUAAUCUACCAUAUUUAAAAGCCUGUAUCAAGGAGGCAUUGCGUAUAAAGCCUGUCAUUCUUGGAAAUGGACGUUGCAUACAGUCAGACGCAGUCAUAGCUGGAUAUGAAGUACCAAAAGGGUCUCAUAUAGUCUUCCCUCACUACGUCAUGUCGAAUGAGGAGAGAUAUUUUCCUUCACCAAACGAAUAUAUUCCCGAGCGUUGGUUACGAGAUGAAACCAAGACAGGAACAGUUAUAGGAAAUAUUUCACAUGAGGAACAUAUAGAGGCAGAUAGAUCUAUCUGUGAACACGCGAGGGUAGCGUCCGUGAUGAAGAAACAAAGGGAUAUGGGGAUACAUCCAUUCGCUUCAUUACCAUUCGGUUUUGGAAGACGUAUGUGUAUCGGGAAGAGAUUCGCUGAAGCCGAACUGCAGCUUCUAAUCGCGAGGGUGUUCCAGAAGUACAAUGUAUCCUGGAAUCAUGGUGAACUGACUUACAGCGUCACCCCUACAUAUAUACCGAACGAACCGCUGCAAUUUAGAUUGGAUUCCAGAACAAAGAAACUAACAUAG